UUCCUUCUCUCUCUCUCUCAUUUUGGUGUCGUGUCUGGUCGUCUUCAUCUUCGUUUCGUUUUCGUUUUCCCUCCCAGCAGUAAUUGAUCGCUUCUCCGUUCUCGGUCCUUUCCUGAUCGGUGAGAAUCCUUUUCCCUUGUUCAAUCUUUCCUACUUAUUCUUUUGAUUUUGCUCAUAGAAAAUCCACAUUUUCCAACAAACGACACUUUUUAUGUUAGACAUUUUCUUCGAUUAAUCGGUCAGGUUGGUUGUUAUUGUUUUCAAAGUCUUCAUCUUUGAAAUCGGUCCGGGAAGCAACCACAACCCUUUGCUUCUGUGAAGGUUUGGGGGGAUUUGUUUCGGGGAGAUGAUUUCUCAAGCCUUUGCACCAUAGUUUUUUGAUGAUUUGGUGAUCCUUUUAACAGGUUUGAUUGGGUUUUACCUUUUAAAUGUUAGUGUCAGCCAUGGUAUUGUAGGAUUGGGAUUCGGGUUUUCGUUGUUUCUUUUAUUUCAUUUUCCCCCUUUCUUCCCUCUUCCUCUGUACAGUCUUCCUUCCCCUCGUAGGUUCUGGGAUCAUUAGUCAGAGAUCCUCUCUUCCAACUCAGUGGUCUCGGAUAGAAUCAUGAGAAGCUGUUAGACGUGUUUGGGGCUUCAGAGCUGCAAUUCUGAUUUUUAAAUCAGGGGCACGAGACCGUAUUCUUUUUCGAGGGAAGAAAAAAUGUCGACAGCUCGUGUUGCUCUUAGUCCCGUUCGCGAGGAGUCUGUACCUGGCUAUUUCCAUAGCCGAUUGGGCAUUAGUUCUAGUGAAUCCAUCUUGAUUUACCUAACUGUUGCCGGUUCUGUGAUUCCAAUGCGUGUGCUGGAAUCCGAUUCCAUCGCUUCAGUGAAGCUGAGGAUUCAAACCUGUAAAGGGUUCGUCGUGAAGAAGCAGAAGUUGGUGUACGGAGGCAGGGAACUAGCUCGAAACGGUUCUCUCGUCCGGGACUAUGGUGUCACUGAUGGCAAUGUUCUCCAUUUGGUUCUCCGGCUUUCUGAUCUUCGGGUAAUCACUGUUAAUACAGCCUGUGGGAAGAACUUGGAGUUCCACGUUGAACGUUGUAGAAAUGUAGCAUACGUCAAACAGCAGAUCGCCAAAAAGGGGAAAGAUUUUCUCGACCUCAAAGACCAGGAGUUGAUCUGUGAUGGAGAGGAACUCGACGAUCGGAAGCUCAUUGAUGAUAUAUGUAAAAGUAGUGAUGCUGUGGUUCACUUACUGGUUCGGAAGUCUGCAAAAGUUAGGGUCAAGCCCGUCGAGAAAGAGUUUGAACUGUCGAUUGUGGCAUCUAAUUCGAAUGAGAGGACAGAUUACGAUGGAGAAAACCAGAAGAGCGAUGGAUUAAAGGAUAUCCGUGUAUUUACAAAGAAGUCGACCGAGAGAAAUUUCUGUCUGGAACCAGUCAUUGUUCAUCCGAAGAUCAAAUUAUCCUCGGUGAUUAGUGAUUUGAUUAGCUCCACCUUCGAUGGAUUAGAGAGUGGAAACCAACCAAUCAGAUCCUCUGAAGGUUCCGGUGGAGCUUAUUUCAUGCAAGAUUCUUCAGGUCACAAGUUUGUUGCUGUUUUCAAGCCAAUUGACGAGGAACCAAUGGCAGUGAAUAAUCCUCGGGGGUUACCAAUAUCUUCUGAUGGAGAAGGGUUGAAAAGGGGGACGAGAGUAGGAGAAGGAGCGUUGAGAGAAGUUGCUGCAUACAUUUUGGAUCACCCAAGGAGUGGGCCACGGUCCCUUUCAAGUGAAGAGAAGGGUUUUGCUGGGGUUCCUCCAACGGUUAUGGUGAGGUGCUUGCAUGGAGGGUUUAACCAUCCAGAUGGAUACCAGUUUGCUUCUAAGAAUGUCAAGAUUGGAUCCCUACAGAUGUUCGCGAAGAACAUCGGGAGUUGCGAGGACAUGGGUCCUGGAGCUUUCCCUGUGGAGGAGGUCCAUAAGAUCUCUGUGUUGGAUAUAAGGUUGGCGAAUGCAGAUCGACAUGCUGGAAAUAUUCUGGUGGGCAAAGAAGAGGAUCGUACUGUGUUGAUUCCAAUUGAUCAUGGGUACUGCUUGCCUGAGAAUUUUGAAGAUUGCACAUUUGAAUGGCUGUACUGGCCGCAAGCUAAGGAGCCUUAUACCACUGAGACCGUUGAGUACAUUAGAUCACUGGAUGCUGAAAGAGAUAUUUCUCUUCUGAAGUUCUGUGGUUGGAACAUAUCACGUGAAUGUGCCCGCACCCUCCACAUAUCUACCAUGCUUCUGAAGAAGGGGGCUGACAGAGGGCUCACUCCCUUUGCAAUUGGAAGCAUCAUGUGCAGAGAGACUUUGAAGAAAGAGUCUGUGGUUGAGAAGAUUGUCCAUGAAGCCAUGGAUGCUGUGCUACCGGGAACGAGUGAAGCUUCAUUCCUCAAAUAUGUCUCUCAGAUCAUGGAUCGCCACCUCGACGAGAUCACCAUGUAAUAAUAGGCAUGGAUUAUGUAGGUAUAUGUGUAUAUGUGCAUAUGUUAUAGUACAUAUGUAUGAAUGGAUGGAUGAUGGGUCCAUCUUUGAAAGGAUUGCAGGGGAUGUAUGUUUUGUGUGGCUAGGCUGCUGGAAUUUGGAACCCCACCGUCCACCAUAUUUUGUUCAUACAUCUGAGCUUAGGGCAAAAACUGCCACAAGAGGUGAGAGUAACCUCUUCUAUUACUAGUGUUUGGAUAUCUCCCCCUACCUCGCUCAGUUUGAAGUGCAGUGUCCUCCAGGUACAAAGUGUGCAGACUCUGGUAUGUUGCAGGAGCUGAUGGCCAAUAUGAACAUCCUCUCUGCGCUUGACUUCGCUUAUUGAUUUUGAUGUUUUUGAUGAGUGGGCAACUCAUUGAGGUUGUUGUAGUUUUAGAAGUUCAAUUAGGCUUCCUACCUUCUGUCCUUAUUACUCUAUUAAAGGAUGCUUUUAUUACUAAUUUCAGAAAGCUCGCCUUAGAAAUUGGAUAAUAUGUCAUGACCUUUAGACUACUAAUGAAGUAAGUAUAUUAUCUA